AUGGAAACAAUGUAUCUAUCAAAGGAAAAUGGAGGACUUAGUAAUGUAACACUUCUUCCAUAUUUAGAAGGUUUGAUGAAAGAUAAAGAAAAUACCGUAACAUUUUCAAAUUUGAAUGAUAAAUUUGGUGGACACAUAACUCUUAAACGUUCCUCAUUUACUGUUGCUGCAACAGUUGGUACAAUAUGUGGUUAUCCAUAUUUAGAUGAAUCUUUUUAUGAAAAAAUGCAUUGUUUACCUUCGAUAUUGCAUGAUUUUGGAUAUGAACUUCAUAUGAUAAAAGGAACAUCAAUUACAGAUUGGGGUGUUGGAAGAAUGUUUGCUGCACAUCAUUUUGAUAAUUUAACUUUGAAAGAUGAUAUCGUGCCUAAUACAAAAGAGAAUUGGCUAAAUGAUCAUUUAACGUGGAUGAAAUAUCGAGAAGAUUUGGAUAAGUUAGGAAAACUUAAUAAACCAUUUUAUUCACAUUUCUUCACUUUAGAUUCACACGAACCUGGUAUGAAAUGUCCUUAUUGUCCAAAAGAUGGAACUGUUCAAGAGAAUGCUGUUAGAUGUGUUGAUAAUCAUGUGAAAUCUUUCAUGGAAUGGGCAAAAGAUCAAAGCUGGUAUAAUAAUACAUUAUUUGUUUUAGUUGGUGAUCAUUUAGUUCGAGGAUUUGGUUAUAAAGAAAGAGCAGAAGCAAAUCAUUAUUCAAGAAGAUCAGUUAAUAUAUUUUAUCAUUCAGAAAUUAAGCCAUUAAAAGCAACAAAUAGAGAAUAUUCAAUAUUGGAUUAUUUCCCAACAAUUUUAGCUGCAGCAGGAUUCAAAAUUAAAAAAGAUCAGCUCGGAGUUGGAGUUAAUUUGUUUUCUAACAAGAAAACAAAAUUGGAAGAAUAUGGACUUGAUACUCUCCAAACAAACUUAGAAUCAACAAUUAAGUUUUAUAAUGAAAUAGUUUUAGGAAAACCUAAAGAAUGUCGUUUUAAUGAACCUUGUAUAGAUGUUAAAAUUACCCAAAUGAUCUAG